GAGCCCGCCCGCCCACCGCGCACUACUCCACACCGGGAGCAGCGCGUGAGGAUGAUGCCAGCCAGAGAUAGAUGGAUUGGCGAGGGAGUAAAAAAACCUGCACAGUGACACAACUACAGAAAAGAGGAGGCGGUUGAAGGUGAGAGUAAAACUGAGAGAGUUACCGAACAAAGAACUAAUAAAGAGGAGAGGGGAACGGGAAAUAGCCGGAAACCCUCUGCUAGCUGGUUCUCUUCUGCCCGCACUGAUGUCCGAGGCCCGUCCGGUGCCAGCUGAAGAUAGUCGACCGAGGCAGAGCGCGCAGGAGCGGCCACUGGAGUGGACGGCUUCGGGGAACGGACACCGCUGGAGCUCUUGCCUGUGACUGACUCUACGCAAGGACAUUGCAGCUCAUUCUUAUUACCAACAAAGUGGAAGUGGCUGCGUCCUUUGACAGAACGGUGACCUGUUUUGCUGUCCAGUGAUGGAUUCACCCACAGAUCUUUUUGGUGACUCUGCUCCUGAGAUACAUGCAUUUGCUCCCGCUCUCAGCUCCACAGAUCUCCCUGGAGUUCAUCCCCAGCCCAGCGCAGGUCGCCCUCCUCCUGCCUUUAGACCUCCUGGCUUCCCCCUCAUCCAUCACCUCCUCCAGCCAGGUGGAGCAUCCAGGAGGAUCGGAGGGCAACUCAACACAACCCUGAGCACACACAGACACCUGGAAGACAGGAAUUUGGAGGAUGAUGGAGGAGAGAGGGAUGGACAGGUGGAGCAAGGGAUGGAAGGAGGAGAGGAGGGAGUCAUGGAGGAAGAGGACAGUUUGUUGGAGGUUAAGAAGAGGCACAGCGACGCCUCGCUCGCAGCAGAGUGGAGUCAAGAUGUCUUGAAAGUGAAGAGGAUGAAGCUGGAGAGCCGACAGAGAGAUGGAGAGGCCGAUGGAGAGGCCAGCGAGGGAGGCAGGAGGCGCGAGGGAGGGAGGGAGGGGAAGAGACGAGAGAGGGAGGAGCUGAAAGAACAGCUGGAGGAGGCAAGAGAGAGACUGCAGGCCUUGCAGGAGAAAGUAUGGAGGGCUUUUGGGGAAAAGCACAUGGCAGAGGAGGAGAAGAAAAGGAUGCGUAGGAAUGGAAACAGAGGAGCAACAGAUAGGGGAAGUAGAGAUGUGGGGAUGAUGGAAGAGGAGGACAUAACAGAAGGGAUGUAUGAUGAAGAGGACAAUGAUAGUGGAGAGAUGGAAAAGGAAUCAUUUUCCCUCCUUUCUGCUUCCCCCUUUGAUAACUUCCACACCCACAAGCGGAGAGAAGAGAGGCAAAAAGAGAGAGAGGGGAGGAUGGAGAGAGGAAGAGGAGGAGGAGGAGGAGUGCACUUGGAGGGCAUGAUGGAGGGAGCUGGUUUGUGGUUGGAUUGUGGAGGACUGGUAAGGGGAGACUGGGAUGGCGGGAUAGAAGACGAGGGCGAGGAGGGAGGGCAGAAGUUUGCCCAGGCACUGAAGCUGGAGCUGGGCAGCGCUGUGGCCCGAGUCAUCGACCGAGUUCUCCGCCUUUACACUGAAACAACAGAUUUCACUCCUUCCUCUCCUCCUGCCACCAUCUCUUUUCUCCCAUCUGAUGUUGGGAAUGAUGCAGGGAGGGAGAGGGGAGGGUGGAUGGGACUAUUAACAAGAGGAAGAGGAGAGGAAAAGACAAGAGGAAAAGAGGAAAAGAUGGGAGGGCAGGAUGGAGAAAGAGAGAAGCAGCUCCAGAAGAUGAGCAAUGGGAGCAUUGUAUCUCCAGGACAGUCACAUCGCACUGAACCGUCAGAUCUGACGAUGCCAUUGGCUGUUCAAAGGUCACCUGACAUUCGAAAGGCCCACCCACUCCUCGGCCCACCUCUCUCUGCUCACCUAAAUCCCUCUCACCCAAACCUCUCCCUGCAUCACCCCUCUCUACCUCGCCCUCCUCCUCUUUCUCACCCUCCCCUCUUACCUCCAGCCUCACAACCCAAGGACCCGUCCUCCUCCUUCCAUCCGUCCUCCUCCUCCUCCUCCUCUUCCUCUUCUUCCUUCCCUGCACCGCCCCCUCCUCCUCCUCCGCCUCCCCCUCUCCCCCUCCCGCUGCUGCACUACUCCAUGCAGCAGCUCUUCUCUCGCUCUCUCCACCACACCCAGCUUGCCCACCUGCCCCCAUCCCGCAAGGACUACUUGAGCUCCGACCCUUUCUUGGAGUUCUCCUCUCACCCCUCAUCUCACCCCUCCUUCCCCCCGCUCCCCUUGCUAGGUCACCUGGACCCCUCCCUUGCUCGUCACGCCCACGGAGGCCGGGAGAGGGAGAGAGGGAUGAGAGGAGAUGGGGGGAUGAGAGGAGGGGGAGGGAUGGACGGAGGAGAGCUCUACCUGACAGCCGGGGGAACCCAGGAGGGCUUGUCUCCCUGUCAUCUGAAGAAAGCCAAGCUCAUGUUCUUCUACACACGCUAUCCCAGCUCCAACACACUCAAGACGUACUUCCCUGAUGUCAAGUUUAACCGCUGUGUGACCUCCCAGAUGAUUAAAUGGUUCAGUAACUUCAGAGAGUUCUUCUACAUCCAGAUGGAGCGCUUUGCACGACAGGCUGUCCGCGAGGCUCUCACUCGGGAUGGUGCACCUCGUCUGGGCAGAGAGAGUCAGCUGCGAGUGGGCCGUGAUACAGAACUUUACCGCAUUCUGAAUAUGCACUACAAUAAAAGUAACGUCUACCAGGUCCCAGAGAGAUUUAUUGAAGUGUCAGAGGUGGCCCUGAGGGAAUUUUAUUCAGCCAUUUGGACUGGGAGAGACAGUGACCCCUGCUGGAAGAAAGGGAUUUAUAAAAUUGUCUGUAAGCUUGAUAGUCCUGUACCAGAUGCCUUCAGACUGCCUGGUUGUCCCGUCGGCUGACAAGUGGACUGCUUUGAUCUGGUACGCGUAUACAAAUGCACAAAUGCAUGCACAAACACAAACUAAGAAGGGAAUGAUAUAGAAGCAUCUUGGAACUGUACCACUUCAGACUCUGAGAGCUUAUGUGAGGAAAUCCAUUCAGUUUGACAAUUUGAUUAUUCAUAAUUCAUUUAUUUAGAAAAAAGAGAUCAUUUUAGAUAGUGAAAUGUUUUUGCUUGACACAGUGUACAGGGAAAGACACAUACAUGCAUAAAUAGACCGACACAGGGGGUCAACAGUAGACUGACACACUCAGUGCAGUGAGAAGAGUCUUGUGACUGCACUUAUCGGAGAACGUGACCAUACCAUUGAAUUAGAAUGGACAGGACAGGAAUUCCCUCUCCACACAUUCUUCACCAGUCAGCUGAAUUGUGAAAUCACGGUGCCGCUACACUGGUCUGAUAAAACUGUCGUGAAAAUAAGAAUUUCUGCAGCCAUGGAGCUGGAAUGGACAGACAGGUUCUCAUAACAGUGUCAAGGAAAUAUGCAUCAUCACAGUAAAUAGUGUGUCAUUGUGACAUGGCUGCUUUUUUCCCGUGUUGUCCAAAUUUGUGAGUCAUGCACUGGCUUCACAUUAUUAAUUCACAUGAAAAUACAUUCCCUGACAGUCUCUUGUGAAUUACUAUAAUUAGUAAUCAUAUACACCGCUGGCAACUGUUUACCAAGCAGGGGUGCUGCACAAAUACAUGCUUCACAUACUCUCCACAAAGACUCCUUAGUACAUGGCAGGUUUCUCACAUUUUUUGAUUAAGCCCAGUUUCCUAAUGAUCACUUUCACUUGGAGCAGAGUGCAAUGUUCAUACUCUGACAAUCCCAAUAUUUACUCAAGAAGAGACAGUAAUAUUGGGUGCAUAAUCGUUAACAGUCUUGCACAAUCAGCACCCAGCAGUCACAUCUAAAAUUUCAGUGCUCUACUCUCCCUCCGGAGUGUUCACAGUGUUACACUACAGGUUUGUCAAAACAUCAGAUAUGAUUGUUGUUUGCUAGAAAUGAGCUCCUGUUGUCGCCUUGUGUGUGGGCUUCUCUGGAUUGUCUGAACUACCAUUCUCAUUCUGUGUGCCCCGCAGCUUUUAACAUUUUAGAUACAGUUACUUUUCUGUGGCUGUGAGGAUGCCUCCUUUUUUUCCGGCCAGCAACACGAGGCUGUUGUGUUUGCAUUCAUCUAAAGUUGCUUAUGUAUCCAUUUGAGAAAUCAGGCUUGAAAAUCUGAGAAAAAAAGAGGACCCAUCACAAUUAAUGUUACAUAAUGUAUUGGUUAAUUUGGUUAAUUGUAAGAUUAGAGGAAAUAUAAUUACCCUUGUUUCAUAGAACUAUCAAGUCAGUUGUUUCAGUCAGUGGAUUUCUUUUUCUUGUGUAUCUCUGUUUAAUAUUACAUUAUUCUAUAGCUUUUGUACAUGAUGACACAGUGUAAUCAAAUUGUAAUUAAAAUUCUGUCGAGAGGGACAAUAUAUUGAAUUUAAAAUGGUAAAAUUAAUGUUUUGUUGUUUCCUUGAUGUACUCUUAUUGUUAAAAUACUUAUGUUUUUGUAUUCCUUUAAUGUGAUGCUAAACUAAAUAGGCCGGUUGCACAAUUCGUAUUAUAUCAACGCUUGUUUCCGACAGGUAUUGAGGAAACUUUCACUUUGUCUACCAUAUAGCAUGACUCUUUUAUCUACAACACACACAAGUUUCUGUUCAUGAAAAUGUUGGUUGGCUGCUCCAGAUAAAGGCCUCCUGAGGCUUAAUCACAGCUCUGAAACCAAGCCCAUAUGUAAGCGAUUUGUGAUGUUUUUUCAAGUGCACGUUUCCUAUAUUUCUUUUAUAUUGUACAUAAUGUAUUCUUUAAUGUAUAUCUGUGCCUCAUUCAGACUUUGGUGAAUUUUGAUGUUUAAACUUAUCAGUGAAUUAAAGUGAUUCAAGGCU